CUUUUCCCAAACAAGGACUAAGUUGGAGGAAAGGAGAUUGGUAUUCUCCCUGCGUUCCCUCUCUGUAGAUCUCAGAUUGGUUUCUCAGCGCUGAAGUCACCACCAACACAUCUGCUGAAGAAAAUUGUCCUUUGCUGAAGAAGAAGAAGACAGAAGAGAUGUCUGGCGGUGCUGCGGGCGGGUUCCUUACUCGGGCGUUUGAAUCAAUGCUCAAGGAGUGUUCCACUAAGAAAUAUCCUGCACUCCAGACGGCUAUUCAGAAUUAUCUAGACAGUGCGAAAGAGGUCAAUCAGCAAUCAGUUUCUGGAGAGGCAAAUCAAGUGUCAACUUUGGCUGGAGAACAGAGUUUGCCUGAAACUGAUGCUGAUGAGCCAGAACAAAUUAGCAAGCCAUUGGGAGCAAGGGGAACUAUUACAACAGCCUUAGCAAAUGCUGGGCAUACUUUGGAAGGAGCUGAGGCAGACCUUGUUUUAAAUCCACUCCGACUUGCAUUUGAGACAAAGAACAUGAAAGUCAUAGAGCUGGCGUUGGAUUGUCUACAUAAACUCAUAGCAUAUGAUCAUUUAGAGGGUGAUCCUGGUCUAGAUGAUGGUUCACUAUUUACAGACAUUCUUAGCAUGGUUUGCAGUUGUGUGGAUAAUUCAUCAUCUGACAGUACUAUUUUGCAAGUGUUGAAGGUGCUUCUUACUGCUGUAGCAUCCACCAAAUUCAGAGUUCAUGGAGAACCAUUACUUGGAGUAAUCAGAGUAUGCUAUAAUAUUGCUCUUAACAGCAAGAGUCCCAUAAACCAAGCAACGUCAAAGGCAAUGUUAACCCAAAUGAUCAGCAUCAUAUUCAGGCGAAUGGAAACUGAUCUGGUCUCUGCCACAUCACUUAAAGAAGCUGCUUCAGAAAAUAAUACCAACUCAAAAGUAGAAGAGACUGCUUUAGAUGACCAGAAUGACAAAGGAAUGACUUUGGGAGAUGCACUUUCUAUGAAUCAAGUCAGAGACACAUCUCUUGCAUCUGUUGAGGAACUUCAGAAUCUUGCUGGGGGUGCUGAUAUAAAGGGUUUAGAAGCUGUUCUUGACAAGGCUGUGCAUCUUGAAGAUGGUGAAAAGAUAGUGAGAGGGAUUGACCUUGAGAGCAUGAACAUUGGACAUCGUGAUGCUUUGCUGCUCUUUCGCACCCUCUGCAAGAUGGGUAUGAAGGAAGACAAUGAUGAAGUUACAACCAAGACACGGAUUUUGUCUCUUGAGCUUCUGCAGGGUUUGUUGGAAGGGGUUAGUCAUUCAUUCACGAAGAACUUCCAUUUUAUCGAUUCGGUGAAAGCUUACCUUUCAUAUGCCCUGUUACGGGCAUCAGUUUCUCAAUCCCCUGUCAUAUUCCAGUAUGCUACAGAAAUCUUCUUGGUGCUUUUGUUGCGAUUUAGGGAAAGUCUGAAAGGUGAGAUUGGCAUUUUCUUUCCCUUGAUUGUCCUACGAUCGUUGGAUAGUUCAGAAUUUCCCCUUAAUCAAAAACUGAGUGUUCUUCGGAUGCUAGAGAAAGUUUGCAAGGAUUCUCAAAUGCUUGUUGACCUGUAUGUGAACUAUGAUUGUGAUCUUGAGGCAUCUAACUUGUUUGAACGCAUGGUUACCACUCUAUCAAAAAUAGCUCAAGGGACUCAAAAUGUGGAUCCCAACUCAAUUACUGCAUCUCAGACGGGAUCAAUUAAAGGUUCUUCACUUCAGUGUCUUGUGAAUGUGCUAAAAUCGUUGGUUGACUGGGAGAAGACGCGGAGGGCAUUAGAAAAACAGAGUAAAGGUAACCAGUCUUUUGAAGGAGAAGUUUCGGCUAGAGAAUUCGAUGAGAUAAAAAUCAGGGAAGACUUGCCCAAUAACUUUGAGAAGGUGAAGGCUCAUAAAUCUACCAUGGAAGCUGCCAUCUCGGAGUUCAACCGGCAACCAGGGAAGGGUAUAGAGUAUCUGAUAUCAAAUCGGUUGGUGGAAAACACACCUGCUUCAGUUGCUCAAUUUUUGAGGAAUACUCCAAGUUUGGACAAGGCCAUGAUUGGUGAUUACUUGGGCCAACAUGAGGAGUUUCACCUUGCUGUGAUGCAUGCAUUCGUAGAUUCUAUGAAGUUUUCUGGGAUGAAGUUUGAUUCUGCAAUUCGUGAAUUCCUUAGAGGAUUCCGACUUCCAGGGGAAGCUCAAAAGAUAGAUCGUAUUAUGGAGAAAUUUGCUGAGCGCUAUUGCGCAGAUAAUCCAGGCUUGUUUAAGAAUGCGGAUACUGCAUAUGUUCUUGCAUAUGCAGUUAUACUGUUGAAUACUGAUGCACAUAAUCCAAUGGUGUGGCCUAAAAUGUCCAAGGCUGAUUUUAUUCGCAUGAAUGCCAUGAAUGAUGCUGAAGAGUGUGCUCCUCAGGAACUUCUGGAGGAGAUCUAUGAUUCUAUUGUUAAAGAAGAGAUAAAAAUGAAAGAUGACUUGGCUGGUCUUGGUAAAAGCAGCAGACAGAAGCCAGAAGCAGAAGAGAGAGGCCGCCUUGUCAGUAUUCUUAAUCUGGCUCUCCCAAAGAGAAAAUCAUUAAUGGACACAAAGUCUGAGAGUGAAGCUAUCAUUAAACAAACACAGGCUAUUUUUCGGAAUCAAGGAGUGAAAAGAGGAGUCUUUCAUACUUCAUAUCAGAUUGAACUUGUAAGGCCGAUGGUUGAAGCUGUAGGAUGGCCUUUGCUUGCUACUUUUUCUGUUACUAUGGGGGAAGGAGAGAAUAAGCCAAGAGUUGUUCUCUGUAUGGAAGGAUUUAGAGCAGGAAUACACAUUACUCAUGUUCUUGGAAUGGAUACCAUGCGCUAUGCUUUUUUAACAUCUCUGGUUAGAUUUAAUUUUUUGCAUGCACCAAAGGACAUGCGUAGUAAAAAUGUAGAAGCAUUGAGGACUCUACUCACUUUAUGUGACUUAGAGACUGAUGCUCUUCAAGACACUUGGAAUGCAGUUCUGGAGUGCAUUUCUCGGCUUGAAUACAUUACUUCAACUCCUGCUAUUGCUAUUACUGUCAUGCAAGGAUCAAAUCAAAUCUCCAGGGAUGCCAUUCUUCAAUCUUUAAGAGAGUUGGCCGGGAAACCAGCAGAACAAGUGUUUGUGAAUAGUGUUAAGUUGCCAAGUGAAUCGGUUGUGGAGUUUUUCACUGCUCUGUGUAACGUGUCAGCCGAAGAACUGAAACAGACUCCAGCCCGCGUUUUUAGCUUGCAAAAGCUUGUUGAGAUCAGCUAUUACAAUAUGGCUCGUAUACGCAUGGUAUGGGCAAGAAUAUGGUCUGUCCUUGCUAAUCAUUUUAUUUCUGCUGGGAGUCAUCAUGAUGAGAAAAUUGCCAUGUAUGCCAUAGAUUCUCUAAGACAACUUGGUAUGAAAUACUUGGAGCGUGCUGAACUUGCCAAUUUCACGUUCCAGAAUGACAUUCUAAAACCAUUUGUCAUUCUUAUGCGGAGUAGUCGAAGCGAAACUGUACGGAGAUUGAUUGUUGAUUGCAUUGUUCAAAUGAUAAAAUCUAAAGUUGGAAGCAUAAAGUCGGGCUGGCGAAGUGUUUUUAUGAUUUUUACAGCAGCUGCAGAUGAUGAAUUGGAACCAAUUGUUGAAAGUGCAUUUGAAAAUGUAGAGCAGGUUCUCUUGGAACAUUUCGAUCAGGUUGUUGGAGACUGCUUUAUGGAUUGUGUCAACUGUCUUAUUGGGUUUGCCAACAGUAAAAGUUCUCACCGUAUAAGUCUGAAGGCUGUUGCACUCCUGCGCAUAUGCGAGGAUCGUCUUGCAGAGGGCCUUAUACCAGGUGGUGCUUUGAAGCCCAUUGAUGUCAGUAUGGAUACAACUUAUGAUGUGACUGAGCAUUAUUGGUUUCCAAUGCUGGCUGGUUUAUCUGACCUGACCUCUGAUCCAAGACCAGAGGUCAGAAAUUGUGCACUGGAGGUCUUGUUUGACUUGCUGAAUGAAAGAGGUAGCAAGUUCUCAUCACCAUUUUGGCAGAGCAUUUUCCAUCGUGUCCUGUUUCCCAUUUUUGAUCAUGUGAGGCAUGCUGGAAAAGAGAGCUCAAUUUCUUCCGGAGAUGAAUGGCUUCGUGAAACUAGUAUUCAUUCGCUUCAGCUGUUGUGUAACCUAUUCAACACUUUCUACAAGGAAGUAUGUUUCAUGCUGCCUCCACUUUUGAGUUUGCUCUUAGAUUGUGCCAAGAAAACAGAUCAGGCAGUGGUUUCAAUAUCUCUGGGUGCAUUGGUGCAUCUCAUAGAAGUUGGAGGACACCAAUUCAGUGACAGUGACUGGGACACCUUGUUGAAAGGCAUAAGGGAUGCAUCAUACACUACGCAACCCCUUGAGCUGCUCAAUGCUUUGGGCUUUGAGAACUCUAAGAACCAUACCGUGUUAAACAGAGAUUUCAAGGUCAGUACAGGUCAUAGCCCUUCCCUGAAGUCUGUUGAGAAUGAGCCAAUAGAUAAUGACCAGCUUAAUGUCGGGGAUAAUGGGGACACCUAUGCUUUGGCAUCCCUUAACAUUGGUGUGGAUGGUACUGUAAAGAAUUCUAAUACAUCAAUCUUGCUGGAUCACAAUCAAGAAUUGUCGCAGCCAAUAGAUUUGGAAGGUUCUGAAGGUGUACUGUCGCCUUCUGGAAGAUCUCAGAAACGUUCCGAUGCUGGAGGUCUCCAGCGGAACCAAACAAUUGGUCAAAGAAUUAUGGGUAACAUGAUGGACAACCUCUUUGUCAGAAGUUUUACCACUAAAUCUAAGAAUCGUACUUCAGAUGUUUCGAUACCAUCUUCUCCAUCAAAGUUUGCUGAUGUUGUGGAGUCUGAGUCGGAUGCCAAAGAUGAGGAUGAAAGUCCAUUACUGACAACAAUUAGGAGCAAAUGCAUCACUCAAUUACUACUUUUAGGUGCUAUUGAUAGUAUUCAGAAGAAAUACUGGAACAAGUUGAAGUCAUCACAAAAGAUCGCCAUAAUGGACAUUUUGUUCUCUGUGUUAGAGUUUGCUGCAUCUUAUAAUUCAUAUACCAACCUCAGAUUGCGGAUGCAUCACAUACCUGCGGAAAGGCCACCCUUAAAUCUUCUUCGUCAGGAAUUAGCUGGAACUUGCAUUUAUUUGGACAUCUUACAUAAAACAACUUCAGAAGUUGAUUCUAACGGAGUGGAACAACUUGAUAACAAUGUCUCUCAGGUUGUGGGUAGUAGUUUGGUGAGAAAUGACUCAAGCCUCACUGAACAUGGUAUGGGGGAGAAACUUGAAACCAUAGCGGAAGAGAAGCUAGUGUCCUUUUGUGGACAGGUUCUCAAGGAGGCAUCUGAUUUUCAAUCCAGCUUGGGGGAGACUACUAAUAUGGAUAUUCAUCGAGUAUUAGAAUUGCGUUCUCCAAUCAUUGUCAAGGUGCUUAAAGGCAUGUGCUUUAUGAACAGCCAGAUAUUUCGAAAACACCUGAGACAGUUCUAUCCCUUCAUUACUAAACUUGUAUGUUGUGACCAGAUGGAUGUUCGCGGAGCCCUUGGUGAUCUUUUCGGCAUGCAGUUGAGUGCUCUAUUGACGUAGAAGAUUUACGUUGCACCCUUGGUCAAGCUUCAAUGAUGGAAACAGUGUCACCAUUGCUUUAGAGAGCUGUCAUUGCUGACUGGUGUACCGUUUGGGGAUAUUCCAUUUUGCUUUAGUAGUAUAUUUCAGUUGCUUUUGGUUACUACUUUUUUAUGCUUCUGUAGAUGAUUUUGCAGUAGACAAGACAUUCCAAAGUGAGGGGAUGGAAACGGCCCAAUAACAUUUUCUUGUAGUUCCUAUUUUUUGUAUUAGAAGAAAAAGGAUAGCUUGUUGAAACCAAAUUUUACAUGGGCAAGACUUUGUGCAAUUUUAUGCUUCUGUUUGUGCUCUGCCCAGUCAAAUUGUGGAACCAAACAAUCAAUCAUAGCCCAAUUAUAAUGAAAAUGGUAAAUUACUCUUCCUA